AGCCCAACCUCCCCCUUGCCCUGGGGGGUGACAAGAGGGGUUUUAUUUCUUUUUAUUUUUUUUUAUAUUUAUUUAUUCGAAAUGAAUUCUCGACUUUGUCAAAUUGCAUUAUUGGCAACAAGAAGAUCAACGCUACAGUAUAGACGUAGCUUACCAAGUAUACAACGCGUGCCAUUACGUAGCAUUAGCCAUUCGGCCGUGGUGAAGGAGCAGUAUUUACAAGGAUAUAAAGAUAGCGAACGCUUCCACGGUGAGUAUCCUAGUCGUACGCAUUAUUGUGGUGAUUUAAGAGCUUCGGAUGAUGGAAAGAAAGUUGUUUUAUGCGGCUGGGCCCAAUCCUCUCGAGAUAUGUCUCAAGAUUUGAUCUUUUUACCUUUACGUGAUCAUUCUGGUGUGACACAAUUAGUUUGUAAAGGGGAUGAAGAGAUCAAGACGCAGAUUAAAUCGUUGUCGGUAGAGAGUGUCAUUUGUGUGGAAGGUAUUGUACAAAAGCGACCUGAAGGAAUGGGAAAUAAGAAACAAGCGUCUGGUCAAGUAGAAGUGGAGAUCACCAAGAUUUACUGUUUGAAUCCUGCCACGCCUUCAUUGCCUUUCUGGCCCAACGGAGCGCAAUUGCCAAAUGAAGAGGUGAGAUUACGUUAUCGUUACUUGGAUUUACGUCGAGAACAAUUACAACAUAAUAUUCGACUUCGGUCUUUGACGGCCAACACGGUUCGUAAUUAUUUAUGCGAGCAUGGAUUUACCGAGAUUGAAACACCCACCUUGUUUAAAUCGACGCCAGAGGGAGCACGCGAGUUUAUUGUACCUACACGAAAGCGAGGACAAUUCUAUGCCUUGCCUCAAAGUCCUCAGCAGCACAAACAAAUGUUAAUGGCGGCUGGAUUCGAUCGAUACUUUCAAAUUGCCCGUUGUUUCCGAGAUGAAGAUUUAAGAGCGGAUCGACAACCCGAGUUUACACAGAUUGAUUUGGAAAUGUCGUUUAUCAAGAUUGCGGAUAUUCAGAAUAUCAUUGAAGGGAUGGUGACCUCGAUUUGGGAUAAAGCGUUAGGCCAGACUUUGACGAAGGCCAGUUUCCCUCACAUGACGUAUAAUCAAGCGAUGAGAGAAUACGGUAGUGAUAAGCCUGAUGUUCGAUUUGAAAUGAAGAUUGCGGAUAUACGUCAGGAUGUCAAGGAUAUUUUGGAUGAGACAACGAGUAUGGAUUGCAUGGUGGUAAAGGACGGAGCUCGGGGAUUAUCUGGCGGUGAUUUAAAAGCAAUGCAAAAGAGUUUGGAUCUGACAUCUGAUUUCGCCUAUGUCAAGGUGAAUGAAAAGAAUCUGGAAACAUGGCCCAUGAAAUGUGGAGCAUUACGAUACUCUCAACAAGUAGGAGGAAAAGAAUUGAAUGUCAAGUUGGGAGUGGAAGAAGGGGAUGUAGUGAUGAUCCAUAAGCGAGACAAGUAUUUGUAUGGUGGUAACACAACGAUGGGGCGAGUCAGAUUGCAUGUAUCUCAAUUGAUGCAAGGAAAAGGACUUUUAAAGCUAGAUGAAGAGAAGUACAAGUUUUUGUGGGUGGAAUCCUUCCCAUUGUUUACACCUGAUGAAGAAGGCAAACGUAAAUGGCAAGCAACGCAUCAUCCGUUUACUGCUCCGUUUGAUGAGGAUAUUGACAAGUUGGCAAGGGAACCAUCCGAGGUACGAGGUCAGCAUUAUGAUCUUGUGUUGAACGGAAUGGAGAUUGGAGGAGGAUCGAUUCGUAUCCAUAGUCCUGUGAUGCAAACGUUUAUUUUAGAAAAGGUAUUGGAACUGGAGAAAUACGAAUAUAAACGGUUUGAUCAUCUGAUUGAUGCUUUGGGAGGAGGCUGUCCCCCACAUGGAGGUAUGGCGUUGGGUUUUGAUCGUUUGAUGGCUAUUUUGACUGAUUCGAGUUCGAUUCGUGAUGUGAUUGCAUUUCCUAAAGCAGCAGGAGGAAAGGACUUUGUAGUGAACAGUCCAUCAGCUGUCACUACCGCACAAUUAAAUGAAUAUGGACUCUCACUCUCUUCUUCUGAUUCCUAAUAAAAAAAGCUCCCCUUUCCCUUUUUUUUUUUUUUUCUU